GAAAGACCAUUGCUUUCGAAGGUCAUCCGCACAAAAAUUUGAUUGGGAGCCUUGAGGCCGUGACAUAGAGGGCAGAAAUUCCUACUCCAAAGGCCUAGUAACUGUUAAACUCCACCCAACCCUCAACAGGAAGAGAAUGAGCAGAGGUAAGAAGACUGAAUCGGAGGAGGUGGAAGAGCUGCUCCGUGCGGCAGAGGAUGACGUGUCCCUUAAGCUGAGUCUUAAUUCCCAUAUGGCUCGUGGUUCUUCCACCCAAUUCAUCGACCCACAACUCGAUCAACGUUUCCAAGCUCUCAGAUCCAAGAAAACUCCCAAAAAAACCCCUAUUUCCCAACAGGGUUUAGGUUUAGUCAAACAACCACCUUCAGCCUCUACAUCAACGGACUCAGAUGACUUGUUUACCAGAUUUGCAGCACUCAAAAGCUCCCUUCCCACUUAUUCUUCGGCUUCAUCAUCAGCGGUGGAGAAAGAAGAGGAUGAUGAUGAUGAAGUUGAGAAGGUGAUAAAGUGGGCAAUUGAUGCUGCUAGACUUGACCCUUCACCUCCCUCCGAGACUGAUGAUGAUGAUGAUGAUGAUGAUGAGAGCAGCACUGAUGUGGAGGAGGAUGAAAAUAGUGAGGAUGAUUCUAAACGUCGGCAAAGAAAAGCUAAGCGCAAAUGAUUUAUGACUCUGUGUUUUAACCUGCUUGACUCGUAUAUUUGAUAGAAAGUUUUUUGUGUUUCCUUGUAUCUAUGCAUUAAAAGUUCUCGCUUUUCUUCUAACUGGUGACAUUGUAAAUUGUCAAAAAUGUUUUUUUUUUUUUGUGAAUUGAUAUCUUGCCUUAGAAAAUUAGGCAUUUUCAAUGUAAGUUCAAGUUGAGUUGAUUGUGGAAAGUAAAGGUGCACUACUACUAUAUUGUGCUUGUUAAAAAUGAAAGAAAAUGGGAAUGUAAAAGAAGAAUAAGUAAUUAAAUCAAGUGAUGGAGGGAGGACCUUGGAAAGAAAUCCUUCUUCUUAAUUGUAUCUAGAUUCACAUUUGAUGAAUCAAUAACGUUCUUCCAUCUGUAGCGACCCCAAGAUAAGAAAAAUAAUUUGUCAGUGAAAAUGACAAGUUAACUUCACUAUAAGUAGCAUGUGUUAUAGCCUAUGAUAAAAUGGACUGUCUACAGGGAAGAUUAGUUUCUUCUAUUUUCUCAACUUCCUUCACAAUUAACAUAAAUUCGGGGUACAUAUUCUCCCUCUUCCAACUUGACUUCUUCAUUUUUUUAAUUACCGUGGUGUUAGGGGCCAGCUUGCGCACAACUCUAUCAACCAAGGCUUCGAUAGAUGAGAAGAAAUCGUCUAGUGGUUCUCUGCUGGGAUUUUAUCCUGGCCAGUGUUUAGGAAAGCGAGCGCUGACGCGAAGCGAAGUGGGGGUCUGGCGCUUCAGUGGCCUGAAGCGAGGGAGGUCCAAUAAUGCGGGCGGUUCAUGCCCUGAAGCAAGAGGCGAACAGAAGCGAAGCAGUAGGAAGCAUGUUUUUUUUUUAUAAACAGGACUCUUGUUAGAAGAAAAAGAGUCUGACUUAGGAUUCACCUUUUUCUAGUUUUGGUGAAUCUCGGGACUAUGUCUUCCCCGCUGCAUCUGCUGCUUGAGUAAGAGAUGGGAAUUAUUUAGGGAUAUGCAUUUGUAUGUGCUCUCAUAGCUGAAUAUGGUCAAACUAGUGCAAGUGGAACUUUUGAUAAGAUUCUUGGUACAAGCAAGCUGUGUUCAAUUUCUGCCUGAAAUAUUUCGAGUUAAAAUGUCAUCCUGAUUGCACUUUGAGGGUAAUAAUAUUGAUAGAUAUAUGGAACCCAGAACCUGAGAUGGUCUUUUUAGGUCGUAGAGCUCGCUGCUGCUGCUCAAAGAUCAUAAAUUCCUAACCGGUCUGCGUUGUUUAGUUGAAGACACAUUUUGGAUGAUUAUUAUUUGCAGAAAACUUGAAUUUUUGGAACUGUAUAUUUUCUAGGUACUAUCAGAAGUACAUAAUUAGUCCCUGGAAAACUUUUUACUGUUUGAUAA